GAGUCUGCCAUGUCCGAUAUUAAGUCAGUAACUACUUUCUCAAAGGUUUCUCAUUUUGCGUAGCAGAAGAGCCGUUAAGUACCCUCAUACACUCGCUUUAAUAAAACAAUUAAGACUGAUACUGCAGCAAUGUCUGUAUCCAGCUUCAGACUCCUCAGCUGUUAUCUGUGUUCUCAUACAUGAAGCUGACAGCGGUGAGAUAGUGGCUUUGUGAUGAAGAGGUUUAUGUGGGUGAGAGAUAAGGAGUUAAAUAUGUCCUGCCUCUGCAGGCUGUGAUUGGCCCGCAGCUGCAGCUCUGGGACGGACAACAAGUCUCCGCUGUGGGCUCACUGGAAAAGUCACUUGGUGGACGAAGCGGACUACACAGACUGGACUGAGUCGCUUUUUUGUGUGUGUUUUUUGUAAACAGUGAUGCAUAUGGGACUUUUGCUGUGAUUCAAGGAAGAGUCCGGUGUUAUUAUAUCCUCUUGUAUCCAGUGUUUCUAUCUCUGAGAGGAGCGCAUGCUGGUCCGUUAGAGGUCGGUGAAAAGUCGACCACUGACACUUUUGAUUCAUGGACUCAACACGGACUCUGGCUAUAAGCAUUUCUGUCAAGAGGCUGACACAAGGUUGACUUCAUUCAUUGAAUAUCCAGAUUUAGGGAACAUGAAGUUGUCUUCGGACGAUAUGGGUGUCCUGAAGAUUGUGCUGUUCAUCUUUGAGGCUGUUUUACUGACCGACUGUGCAAGGGGACCUCCACGGGUGUCUGAUAAGGUUGUUCACAGACAGUCAGCCCGAAUUGGGAGUGCCAUUAAGCUGCCGUGUCCAGUAGAAGGAGACCCUUUGCCACUCAUAAUGUGGACCAAAGGCGGGAGCAACAUCCACAGUGGCUGGAUCCGCUUCCGGGUCCUCCGAACGGGCCUGAAGAUCAAGGAGGUGGAGGCAGAUGACACGGGGACCUACGUCUGCAAAGCCACCAACGGCUUUGGUAGCGUUAACAUCAACUAUACCCUCAUCGUUAUCGAUGACUCAGGUUCUGAUAAAUCUGGACCUGGCGCAGCUGAUGGAGUCCAGUCUGAUCUGGGUAGCGAUGGACUGUCAGAAAAAUUUGUGCGCCCCCGUUUCACCCAGCCUGCUAAAAUGAGAAAAAGGGUGAUAGCUCGUCCCGUUGGCAGCUCCGUGCGACUCAAAUGCAUGGCCAAUGGAAAUCCUCGACCGGACAUUGUGUGGCUAAAGGACGACAGGCCGCUGACGGAGCAGGAGGUCGGCGAGGGCCGUCAAAAGAAGUGGACUCUGAGUCUGAGGAACCUGACACCGGAGCAGAGCGGACGAUACACCUGCAGGGUCUCCAAUCGGGCGGGAGAAAUCAACGCCACAUAUAAAGUUGAGGUCAUACAGAGGACAAACUCCAAGCCUGUUUUGACGGGGACUCACCCGGUCAACACGACGGUGGACUACGGAGGCACCACGUCGUUCCAGUGCAAAGUGAGGAGUGACGUUAAGCCGGUCAUCCAGUGGCUCAAACGCGUGGAGUCUAACGAAGAAAGCCGUUACAACUCCACCAUCGAGGUGGGAGACCACCGGUUCAUGGUGUUGCCCACAGGGGAGGUGUGGUCACGACCCGACGGCUCCUACCUCAACAAGCUGCUCAUUACCCGUGCCAAGGAGGAGGAUGCUGGCAUGUACAUCUGCUUAGGCGCCAACACCAUGGGCUACAGCUUCCGCAGUGCCUUCCUCACUGUCCUGCCAGACACAAAGCCUCCCAUCACGCCGAUGUUCUCACCAGCCUCCAGCUCCCUCCCCUGGCCUGUCAUCAUUGGCAUUCCUGCUGGAAUAGUGUUCAUCUUUGGCACGGUGCUGCUGUGGUUCUGCCAGAGCAGAAAGCACUGCCCCCCUCCCAGUACUCCAGCGGCGGCCACACAGGUACUGCAGAGCUCCCACCGGCUGCCGUAUCGAGAGCGGGACAGGGGCUGCGCGCCUCCGUCCUCUAUCUCUUCCAGCCCAGAAAAAGACUGUAUAAGCUCCAUGAACUAUGAGGAGUAUCUGGCACAGCAGCAGCUCCUCCUCACCCAGGGUGGACCAACAGUUCCCUCUAAAAUAUACCCCAAAAUCUACACAGACAUUCACACACACACUCACUCCCACGUGGACGGGAAAAUACACCAGCAUCAGCACAUCCAUUUUCAGUGUUAGCCUCAAUGCCAAAUAUCCCCCAUUUGACUGCUCCAGUAUCUCUGAGGGACAGCGAACUGUGGACUGAUCAGCAGCUCCUGAGUUACGUUCACCUGGCAUUACUCUUUAAAAAAAAAACUCUUCUCAUAGCUGGAGUUUGCUGGGAAGUGUGUACAUGUGGGGAAAACAGUGGCCAGUGAUACAUACCUUGUGUUUCUACAUCCCAACUUCCAUAUUUGGUGCUUGUUUUUUUUAAAAACCUGUCAGAUCCUCACACCACUAAAAUCCAUUAAUCCUUGCUGUGCACUUCAUACAAAAAGGACGUAUUUUUUGACAGGGUGUGAGUUUUGAUCGCAGCUAUUCAGGCCAGCUGAAAGGUCUUCCUCAGCAGUUGAAUUCUGCGUUUUUCUAUGUGAGGUGUAGCAGAAAAUGGAGGUUAGGUUUUACCUUUCACUUAUUCAGCUGUUGGAGUGCAGAGGGUCUGUGGGAGUGCGUGUAUGUGUGUAUGUGUGUGUGUGUGUGUGUGUGUGUGUGUUCUGCCUGGUAAUGAAGAUGAAAAUGGUACUCAAGAUUUACAAAGGAGCUGAUAUCAUGCUCCUACUCAGGUAGUCCUUUCUGUCUGUUAAAGAUGCAUAAUGUUUGCAAUGCUGACCACUAUCCUUUAUGUUACCUUUCUCCAUCCCUCACUUUUUGUCCUCUGUUGAAAGCUGGUAAGUUUUUCUAGCCUUUUUAUGGCGUGCAAACCUUGCCUCAGACUGCAAGGGAUGGAAGAACUCUUUCCACUUUAACUGAAUUGGUCUUCGUUAUCAUUCAAGCUUUUUUCUUUUUUUUUUCCAGGUAGGUUCCCAUCAUCAGUCAUUAGCACGCUGAGGUAAAACAGCAGAGUCUUGUUGACUGCCACCUUAUCCAGCCACAGUUUAUGAAGCUGUAGGUGUUUAUAAUCAAGUUGAGUUAUGGAUAUUUAAUUUAUUUUGCUAAAACAAAAGUGUAUCAAAAGUUUUAUUUUUCAGAGCAAGGCGUUUUGCAUAUCUAUGUAAUGUUAUUAAAAGUAUACUGUUGUUGUCAUGUAUAGUACAUUUUGAGUACUUUGCCACUCAGUUUAAUCACAUUUAGUUCAUGCCAAUAUUUAGGUAUUUCUGUAUGUAAUUGGUUAUAUUUGACAAUCUUGUAUGAUGUACUCUGUUCAAGGCUCAAAAACUAAAUCAUCUAAAGUGUGAUGGUUGGUAGCUUGAUUAAAUGGCCUAAAACAAA